AUGGAGGCCCCCACGGCCAGCGCAGUGCACCUGAGUGAGUGGCAGGAAAGUUCCUUUGCUGUCACCUCUGGCACCUGCACCCCGGGGCAGAAGGCAGACGGGUACCGUGCCAAGGUGCUGCGCAUUCAGUAUGCAUGGGCGAGCUCCGAGAUCUCCCAGGCCUGUGCUGCCAGCCUGUUCAGGAGCUAUGCAGAGAAAUACUCUGCCAUUGUCGACUCUGGCAACGCGGAGACCGGCUUGAACAACUAUGCGGAAAACAUCCUGACUCUGGCAAAGUGUCAGCAAAGUGACAGUGACAAGUGGCAGUCUGCCUUGACAACAGAGAACGUGUUUGAAUUGAAGUGUGUGCGAGAGAGGAUGCGGGCUGGCAAAAUUUUCCAGAGCUCUCAGAUGGCACCGACAGAUGCCCGUGUGCGAGCUGAUAAAGGGGUCAGCGCCCCCGCUGCUCCAGCUCUUCCCAAACUCCAUGGCUUCGGCAGUGCCGGGGAGGCUGAGCUCACUGCUGCCUCAGCAAAAUGUGCCAGUCAGGGACCAGAUCUCCUUGGGCAUCCCUCAUCUUCCAAGUCCCUUCAAAGCAGUGUGCCUCCUGUGACCAGAACUUCAGACACACUUCCUGCUGCUUCAGCCUCCUCAAGCAAACAGGUUCUUCCAGGUUUCCAGGCAACUCCGCUCUUUGGAAGUAAAGAAGCCACUAAUAGUAGUUCUCUUAAAAUGCCAGGUAACUGUUAUGAUGGACAAAAUUCGUCUCUUUUCAACCAGGCAGCUGUACCUACCUGGUCUGCAAAUUCUGGGAAAAGAAAAGCAUUCUAUGGUCUGGCUGAUGAAGGCAGCACAGCUGUUCCUAGCCUUGCUCUGUGUCAGGCCUCCAUUUCUACAGAAACUAAUGGUUUUUCAGGGCAGAGAAACAGAAAUGAAGAGAGCAGUGCUCCCGGGUUUAAAACUGCAAAGGAACAGCUGUGGAUGGAUCAGCAAAAAAAAUCUCAAAACCAGCGUGCACCAGUCUCAUCAUACGGAGGAGUAAAAAAAUCCCUGGGUGCAGGCAGGUCUCGGGGUCCGUUCGGCAAGUUUGUGCCUCCAGUUCCGAAACCAGAUGGAAGUGAGAACGGAGUAGCACAGUGUAAGCCUCAUGUAGGGGAAUCAACAGACCCAUUGCUGCCUGUGGAUGAACGGCUGAAAAACAUAGAACCAAAAAUGGUUGAACUCAUCAUGCACGAGAUCAUGGACCACGGGCCUCCGGUCGGCUGGGAUGACAUUGCUGGAGUGGAGUUUGCCAAAGCCACCAUCAAGGAAAUUGUGGUGUGGCCCAUGCUGAGACCAGACAUCUUCACCGGCUUGCGUGGUCCUCCCAAAGGAAUCCUGCUCUUUGGCCCCCCCGGCACUGGCAAGACCCUCAUAGGCAAGUGCAUCGCAUGCCAGUCUGGAGCAACUUUUUUCAGCAUCAGCGCCUCCUCCCUGACGUCCAAGUGGGUGGGCGAGGGGGAGAAGAUGGUGCGCGCGCUGUUCGCCGUGGCGCGCUGCCAGCAGCCCGCCGUCAUCUUCAUCGACGAGAUCGACUCCCUGCUGUCCCAGCGCGGAGAGGGCGAGCACGAGUCCUCCAGGAGAAUAAAAACCGAAUUUCUGGUGCAGUUGGAUGGGGCAACGACCUCCUCUGAAGAUCGGAUCCUGGUGGUUGGAGCGACAAAUCGGCCCCAGGAAAUCGAUGAGGCGGCCCGGAGGCGACUGGUGAAGAGACUGUACAUCCCUCUGCCCGAAGGCUCCGCCAGGAAGCAGAUCGUCACCCGGCUGAUGGCACAGGAGCACUGCUCUCUGAAUGAGGAGGAAAUCAAGCUCAUAGUCCAGAAGACUGAUGGGUUUUCUGGGGCAGACAUGACCCAGCUCUGUCGGGAGGCUUCCCUGGGCCCCAUCCGCAGCCUGCAGUCCAUGGACAUUGCCACCAUCACGCCGGAGCAGGUGCGGCCCAUCUCCUUCCUGGACUUUGAGAGCGCCCUGAGGACGGUGCGGCCCAGCGUGUCCCCCAAGGACCUGGAGCUCUAUGAAACCUGGAACCAGACCUUUGGCUGCGGCAGAUGAGCUGCACCACAGCUGUUCCACUGGAGCAGGGUAGGAUUUCAGCACUGCCACGCAUCAAACCUGUGGCAAUUCAGUGCAUCUGCACUUUGGUUUGCUUCUGUCCUGGAAUUAAACCUCCUCAUGUUAUGCAGGCACAUGUCCAGGCUCUGGCUGAGGCUUUGCCAGCUGAAAAGUCCACGAGGAACUGCAGCUCAUGAUACGAGAAAUUGCUGAACAGCAGUGGCAUGACAGCAUUUACAGAUUGCUGGGAGAGAUGGAAACAAAUUUCACUGAUGUUUAAGGAGAAGGUUAUCAAACCUCAAAAAUAAUUGAAAGGAAUUUUGGGAAAAUCUUGCGAGGUUCACCAUGCUGUGUCAGUAAGGAAUUCAAGUAAUAGCAGAAAUGCUGAUUUUGGGUAGGAGCAUGGAAAACUGGAUAGGGAAGAAUAAUUAGAAGUGCUUUGUUUGGGAGGAGAGGAUGGAGAUGGAUGUGGACUUACAUGGAAAAAUGGAAGGGAGGACAAAAGAGGGAGGUCUCUUGAGAGUUGUCUGACAGCCAAGGCUCAUUACUGCAGUCAAUCCCAGCUUCUCAUUAAAAACUUUUUUUGAUGAUUUUCUGCUUGACCUUACUUUCUGUGCUGCAUCAGCAUGUGUGGGUGUGU